ACAAACAAACAAGAAUCUAUUUUUUUUUUCCACCAUGAAUGUCCUCAAACUUCAUUACCAUAGCAAAUUCUGUUCAAUUUCUGGGAAUUUAGCACCCCAUUCAUCUUUUUUAGCACCCCAUUUCAUCUUUUUGCCUACCCACAAACCAAAAAUUCUGCCUUUAGUUCUUAAUUGUUCUCUUGACAGCUUUAAGCCAAGUAAUGUGAAAGGUUCAACUGUAAAAACCCAAAUUUGGAGUGAUAAAGAAGAGGAAAAUUCAGAGGAGUAUGAGUACUUAGCUCCAGAUGGGGUUGUUUAUAAGAGGACUUUGAGACUAGUAGAGGGUGCUAUGUUUGCUGCUGUUUCAGGAUUGGCUUAUCUCUUGAGCAAUUCUCUUGCUAUUGAGAAUUACUUCGGCUGCUUCUUCGCAUUGCCAAUUGUUGUAUCCUCGAUGAGAUGGGGUGUCGCAGCUGGCAGGAAAACCAUGGUGGCAACUGUUGUACUCUUGUUUGUCUUGUCUGGUCCAGUGAAGGCAUUAAAUUAUAUGCUAAUGCAUGGUUUACUUGGCUUCACAAUGGGUUCCUUAUGGAGGUUGAGAACAAGUUGGGGCGCCUCAAUCUUGUUGUGUGCUCUUGCUCGGGCUGUGGGUGCUCUCGGAUAUGUUAUAUUAUCCUCAUUUUUAAUAGGAGAAAACAUCCUUGCUCUGAUCACGAUAAACAUUCAUGCUUCUCUCUCGUACAUCCUCACAUCCUUAGGCAGUCCGAUAGUUCCAUCUAUGAAUUUUAUAUACACCUUAUUCGGGACUCUGCUUUUGAUAAACUGUGCAUUCUUCGUGUCCUUGCUGCAUCUUCUCUAUGCCAUUUUUCUUACCAAAUUUGGCAUGAAAGCUAAUUUGAGACUGCCAAGGUGGUUAGCCAUAGCAAUUUAAACAGGCUAAAGGGAGCACUCUCAUUCAAGACGCGGUAGAAAUGGGACUUUGCUCAGAUCCUACACCACGGCGUUGGUUAAUACAAGGUUAUUUUGAUCAUCAUUUAUUCAAGAUUGUCGAUUUAAAUCGACAUCAGCUUCAUAUAUCUAUUGUUCAAAGCAAUACAAAGUCAGCAACAAAAUUUAGUUGUCCAGUUUACUUGUACAUGUAUUUGAAAUGCAUAUUGGCCAGUAUCUAAUGCACUGAAAACUCCUAUCUGAUCUGAUG